AUGGUAGGUUCUGCAGCAUUCCCUCUUACGGUGCUGCUUCAACAUGGAGACAUUCGAACGGCUGUUUCGAUGCCCCUUUUCGUGAAGUCUACAAAUGUGAAGAACAAAGUCUUCCGUAACGCAGAUUCCGACCCCAUCAACUGCUCCAAAGCCAAAUUUAGGUUUGCUUUGUUGAGAGACAGGGUGUUCAGUUGUGACACGGAUCAGCGGACUGAACUGCGUGAAGAAAUGAAAGGAGGCUUUUUGUGA